UUGGGAGUUCUAACUUCCCGAACCAGUGGCGACCUCGCGUGCAGACCGGCUUUUGAAAAAUUCGAAGUAUUGGUCGGAGUCCUGCACCUUGUGGGUCCGGUCAUCGUUCCUCCGUAAUGUUUUCCCGUCCAUUCGGACUGGUCCAAUCACAUAAUCCGAAUUAUGGAUAUUCAUGUGCGGCCGCUAAUGUGGCAAUGUCUCACCGGACGAAGGGAUACUUGCUGUCCAUCUUCUAUUCCAGGAAGGAGAUCGAAACAGGAAUAUCGAUUCUGUACUCCGGGAAUAUCUUCGCUACUUCGUUUGCGGGGUUGAUUGCUGCUGUUGCUUUCGCAUCGAUUGGUGGCGCUCAGGGACUGAAAGGGUGGCAAUGCCAUUGCAAUGUAACUGCAUGGCUAUUGCUGAGAUUUUGUAAUAAGAAUGCUGGGUAUCGUAAUCAAAGAGUUUCUGAUGAUGGAUCGCUUGAUUGAGGCGUAUCUUCGUAAGGUAGUGGAAUGAAAUCAGAUUGAUGGCUGUUCAACAUCUCGCAAUUGAUCCCCUGCUCCAAAGAUUCUACAUUUCUUUCAAAGUUAAGGCAG